AUGCUUCCCUCUCCCUCUGAACCAGUACCGCAAGCUGGCACCAUGCUUGAGCGGCCACCACUUGUCCACACUGAUGCAAUCUUCCACUCGCUGAUGGAUGAACUGCAUCCCGAGCUGGCUCAUAUACCACUGCCAUUUAUCCAACACCAGAUCGCGGAGUGUCGAGUGCCAAUGAUUCGUGGGCUUGCCUCAGUGGAUGACGCGGCAUUACAACAAACAUCAGGCUACCAGGGGACAGCCAUCGUCCGUCUCCUCCCUGAUCGUGACUUGUCUGAAGACGAGCCCGGACUCCAGCCCACCCAUCUUCUCGCCAUUUCCACUCGUUCUGCUCCCCUUGACCCCCCUCGAUUCGUUGCCAUCCAUGGAAUGGUGAUGGCCAUGUACUGCUCAGCCCCGAUUCUCAAUUCAAAAGCAGCUGCCGAUGGGCCGGAUCCCGACACGGUCGUUUUACCCGUCACAACACUCGUUCUCCCCUCCGUUCCUGCCUUCUACGCAUUGAGGGCGUAUAUGUAUGCUCCGCAUCCACUUAGCCUGCUACAGGCCCUGUUUCCCGGUGCGCUUUCGUGGGGAGGACUUGUCUCUUUCGACAACCUUGGCAGUCAGCUAUUCGACUCCAUCCAAUCUCGCGCAAAUAAAGGGAAAGAAGUCAUUGCCAAACUACAAAACUACGCUCUGCGGGUCAGAGAUGUUUGGCUGUGUGCUUGGACACUGGCCGUCUACCGCACAGAACUUUGGGACGCGUUGGACCUCGCUUCAGCGGUAGUAGUUCAUGCUCUUGGUUUAGCCGUAGCUCGCCAAAACAACAUCAAAAGUACAUAA